UGUUGCUAUCGUAGAUGUCUUUUAACGCAUAACGAAAGCCGUUCGAUUUUGUACUUGCUUGUCAUUUUAUCAAAUGAAUAUAAUUUUUCAAAGUUUAAAUAUUACAUAAUAACAUGAAUUCCUGCAAAGGACGUAGUUUGUGUAACGAGAUAUCUGAUUACGAAGCCUCAAAAGGUGAACGUACGUAUCUGAUGAUUUAAAUGUAAAAUCGACUACCUAGACUUGUUUCUACUGUGAUUUCGUUAUACAGAGUGAAAUUGUGUUUAUUUAUUGUUAUACAUUAAUCUAAGAGCUACGUAUUUGAAAUUUAUGUACCCUUUUACGCACUAAUUAAAUGAAACUGUAAUGUAAAUAUGAACAUGAAUAACUUAGGGGCUACUGACAUAGCAUCCGAAGUGAUAGUAUCGGAUUCUCGUGAAGUUGAAAUAGCUGAUAUUUUGGUUGGUAUGCCAGUUGAAACCGUCAGUUCAACUGGAGAAGUGACUGAAGAACAACCUCUGAUUGCUCUGCAACCAUUAUUAGACGCUAGUAGCCAAGGCAUUAUUCUUCAACCACAAGAAGAAAUAGUCGGUGCGGAUUCUGAAUCGGAAGGUUUGUCUGCUUACGAGACGAUACCAGUGUCUUCGGCGGAUGUUAACCUAGACUCUGGGGCUGGACCUGUGAAUAAGCGAGGAAGGAAAGGUAAAAAAGUGACAAAUAAAGGGAAAUUGAGUGGAGAGCAGUUGACUGAAAAUAAAAGGGCAGCCAGAAAAUGGGAUCGCAAGCAAGUGCAAAUCAAAACAUUGGAAGGGGAAUUCUCGGUGACCGUUUGGGCGUCCGGUAGCGAUGACGAUCGGAAAGGGAUGUCUGUUGAUGACUCCAUGAAUCCUGAACCGGAUCCGGACUACACGGAAUACAUGACUGGGAAAAAAUCCUUGCCUGGUGGAAUACCUGGCGUGGACUUAAGCGAUCCUAAGCAGUUGGCAGAGUUCGCAAAGAUGAAGCCUCGUAAGCAGAAUGACGACAUUGCCAGGACUAUAGCAUGCCCACACAAAGGUUGCAAUAAGAUGUUUAGAGAUAAUUCUGCCAUGAGGAAACACUUGCACACACAUGGGCCCCGAGUUCAUGUCUGUGCUGAAUGUGGCAAAGCAUUUGUGGAGAGCUCAAAACUAAAGAGGCACCAGCUAGUGCACACUGGAGAAAAACCUUUUCAAUGUACAUUUGAAGGGUGUGGGAAAAGAUUCUCCUUAGACUUUAAUCUACGCACUCACGUCCGCAUUCAUACGGGCGACAGGCCUUAUGUCUGCCCCUUUGAUGAAUGUAAUAAAAAAUUUGCCCAGUCAACUAACUUGAAGUCCCAUAUCCUUACUCAUGCAAAAGCUAAGUUUGAAGUAUUUGGUUAA